GCGACCCAAGCGAGGUAACCCUAGCCUAACCCACCGAAGUCCCAAUUAAUUCAGUAUUUUUUUUUCGGCUUGUCGAUGUUACGAAUAUACCGAGAAGUGAGAAGCCACAAGGACAGGACCUCCCAAUUUCUGAGGAAAAAAAGUUGAUUAGGAAACUACUUCUCGUGUAGCAUGCAAUGGAGUUGCCACUUUUCUUGUGACUUUGCUGUCUUGUACCAAUUUCAAUUGAGCAUUGACAUUGUGAGACUCUGAACCAGUAUAAUGUCCAAGUCACGCAUGGACAUUCCCAGUCUUCCUGACAUUGAAAGGGCAGCAGAGUAUGCAGAGUAUGUGCUGGCUUGUUCCGACAAGAGCCCUGCUACUUUUGUGAAGCCUGGAGGGGGUAGUGGCUCCUCAAGCAAAAAUAAAUCCAUUCACCAGAAGCUAAUGGACCUCUACAUUGAGGAAACAAUGAAACAACCUGAAGACACCAAUCUUCUGUACGCAAGUCAUUUGUUGGCUAAGCUUGCCAAGCGUGAAAGGUUAAACUGUAUGGUUUUGAGUUUGUAUCCUGGCAACGAAGGCUACUCCAUCAUGUUGAGAUCAAGGAGCGGAGUCGAGUCAGAGACUAUGAAACUCCCGUAUGAGGAGUCUGAAAUCUUGGAAUAUGUUGAUGCUGCUCAGCUUCCACCAUUUCUUUUGGAUCUUCUCGAAAAAGCCCAGACUCAGAUGAAUGUUUUCUACAGUGGCUGCGUUGUGGUAGAAAUUCGUGACUACAGGCGAUCAGCUACUGGUUCUCACGAUACUCAAUAUGUCCUCUUGCGACCGUCACCUCAGUCUAUGCUGCGCGACGUGAUCGCCCUGAGCUGCGACGGCCACAGCUGGACACAGGAUGACCUCUUCCACCUGGAGUCAGAGCUUAUCCUGGCCACGGAGGAGCCGCUGUGCCUGGACCCCUCACCGGCCGUCAUGAUGGUAGAGAAUGCUCUGCAGUACGAGGAGAAGUUCCUCAACGACCCGGCCCUCAAGAGGUGUGUGAAGAAGAACAGUCAGUCAGCGCUGAAUAGAAAGCGGAAACUGGAGCAGGCCCCUGCCCCAGAGAACUUGAAGCUCCACGACUUCUUACAGAAAAAGAAAGAAAGCAAGAAGCCUACUGGCUCUUCUGGUCUCAGUAAAGCUAGACUGAUGGUAGACAACUUCUUAGAGAAGACGAAGUUUCAGCUGACGGUUCCAGAGAGUUGCGAUGUGAAGAAAUUUGCAAAGCUUCCUGAGUUCACCAGUACAGACGGAAUGAUCUUUGUGGAGGAACACACCAUGGAGCGCGACCCGGGUCUAGACCGCCACAUGAUGGCCAAGAUCUCCAUCUGGCAGCCGCAGCCUGGUGACAACUACUUCGGGGAGUUUUAUUUGGACUACGACUACAGUCAGGGCCGCUCGGGGGAGGAGGGCAGGCGUUGCCGGUUUGUGAUUGGGGCAAGGCAGUCUGUUGACAGAUAUCUGCAGCAGUUCAAGGAUUUGUUCACGGAGGAGGGGAAACGACAAGUGAAGAUUUCCAUUCAGAAGGCGAAUGAGCCUGCCCCAAGUGUGUACUACACGCAGGUGGUGCCUCAGGUUCCCACGGCGGCCGGAGCUGCCCCCACGGCCAUCACCAUCAACAACGCCCAGACCCUCAUGAAGCAGGUGGCAGCCGGUCAGCCAGCGGUCAAGGGCGGGGCCGGAGACAUGGGCAGCGUGGCCAGUCUGGCUGCCAAGUGCAACAUCCCCAUACAGUUGUCGCUGUCCAUCAGCCCCGCUGCCAGUCUGUCUAGUUCACAGGGUAUAAUUGCCCAGCCUACGUCUGCCAGUCUAUCGUCCUCUAUGUCAGCCCAAUACAUCGCCUCAGCGGUGCCCACAGCAGUCAUGACAGCACAGCGGAUCAAGGCUCCGGCCUCCCUCGCCUCGCAGCACAGAGCAAAUUCCUCUCCGCUGACCAGUGCCACUGUCUCGGCCAAAGUCUCAACAACCCAGCAAGGAAACCUGUCAAGCACCACCCCAAUCAUUGCCAUACCCAAGUCAGCCACACCCACUCCGGUUCAGACCCCUCCCCCGAAUGCUCGUACACCGACCCCCACUGGCUCUCGGCGGUCAUCGGUGGCUGAGCUCACCCUCCAGACGACAGCCUCUGGCCAGCAGCAACAGACGAUACAGCAGCAGAAUCUCACAAGUUUUAUACAGGGUCUGAGCUCAGGAACAGCAGUGGUGACCACAGAGAGUCAGGGCACAGGACAGCAGCAGUCAACGGGCGGCAUCGCCAACAUCAGUAUAGGCAACCUGAGCAGCCUGCCUCCCAAUAUCAACAUACAAGGUCUGACGGGCCUGCCCGGGGUGAACAUCACCAACCUGUCAGGGCUGCAGCAGAUGCAGAUUGCGGUUCCCAUCACCAUGAUCAACAACAGCCUCCAGGCUCAGGCAGGGCUCCUGGGCACGGGAGCCUCCACCACGAGCACAGCUACCCUGGUUACCAUGGUGACUGCGCUGCCAGCCUCCUCCUCCUCCAGCCCGGCCAGUAGCACCAGCGCCUCUGUCUCCUCCGUCCCCAUGUCCACGGGCCAGUCGUCCAACUCGACCACUGUUCUACCUCAAGGCUCUAGCAUGCUCUCCUUCCCCGUGGGGCUGAGCGGGCUCACACAGAUCAUGCCUGUCUCCUCAAAGACUCAGACAGCUCAAGGGAUGCGCACACCCAUGCCCUUCCUACAGCUCCAAGGUCAACAGGGCAUCCAGCUGCUGAGCCUCCAGCAGCAGCAGAGAGGGGUCAAGUCGGCCACACUGACCGCCAGCUCCACCGGACAGCAAGGUGUCACCAAACUGGCAGCGCAGGGCUCCACGUCAACAGUGCCACUCUCUACAGUUCUGACCAGUCAACAAAUGACGGCUCUCGCAGUGGGAGCGAAACCAGGCCAACAGCUGAUUCAGCUGGCGAGCGGGGGCUCUGCCCUCGGUCAAGGGCCGUCUCAACUGGCCACCCAUGUGGCCAUCCAGAAGGGCCAAGCCGGAGGCCAGCAGACCUUGCAGUUCCACUCGCUGCAACUCAAGCCGACGGGGGCCACCUUGGCCCAGGCUGGAGUGAACAAGAGCAAGAACAAAAAGAGGACAACACCCACCCCUCCGAAAUGAGAUGGCGGAUUUUGUUGUGAAAAGACGAGGAAGAGAAUGCAUAUACGCAGUAAUUUCUUGAGCAAAUUGAAAGUGGCUCAAUAAUUGGAGUUUUAUUUUAGUUUUAGAAUGGUAACAUAUUUAAAAACUUGAAACAGUGUGCAUUUGAUAAAGAUUUUGUUGCUGUCAUUGUUGAAGCAGCAGAAAGCAUGCAAAAAUUAAGAAAUAAAAACCCGCCAGUCGGUUGCGGUGUCUGAGCAUCCGUAGUGGGUACAAUCCAAGUCUUUCUGCUGGGAUGUUGUGUCCCUCUCUGCUCACAUUGGCCCUGACAGGCAGGGUCGGAAGCCUGCCUCCUAAAUUAUCUAAAUUGUGCUGAUAGGGGUGUAAAAACGCUUACUUUUAUUUUUAAAAAGGGGGACUCCAGUGAGCACGUGGUUAUUGAGCUCAAGCUCAAAAUAGUGUCAAGUGUGUGUCUGUGACUCAAUGGUUAGGUUGCUGAUCAGAGGGGUGUGUCGCUGAGCAAGACUCAAGAACCCGAACUCGGAAAACAGGGCCCUGCAGCGACUAUCUAUGGUGUGUGGAUUGCCUAAUACUUGUAACUUUGUGUUUUACUAUUAUUUGUAUGUAUUCGUGUAUUGAUUUAUGUAUUAAUGAAUUUGUGUCUUUAUCUACGCCAUUGUGCGACAAAUUUCCGAAUGGGAGCAAUUUAAAGUGGUUUUUAUUUAUUGUACUGUUUUGUUGGUGGAAUGGUCCAGUUGUCCUUUGAACUUUUUUUUUUUUACUCUAUCAAUGGAUUUUAAGAGGAGGCUACAUGAAAGGGAAUAUAAUUUUGUACGAAAUUAUGGCUUUUAGUAUUUAUGUAUAAAUUGUAGCUUCUAUUGGUAAUAAACUAUUGAUGAAUUUAUACAUUA